ACAUGUGAUUGUUUUCAAACGAUCACUCAUUUCUGGCGGGUUGACCAAUUGAAACGGUGAUUUUUUUGCAAUGAGUGACCAAUGAUGAAAAUCGUUGGCCAUGCCUCUAUAUCUUAACCCCUCACAGUAACGAGAUAUAACAGAAAUAUCUAGAUCGGACAUUUGCGCCUGUACUUGAUGUGUGCGCAGGGUCUUAUUGUUCGCCGGUUCGCGGGACCGAUCAUGCUUCAAACAAUUGCGCAGUACUGUAGGGAGUUUGAACAAAGGAUAGGCUUGGAUACAUUUUACACUGAUCAAAUAUCGCAUUUGCGUGACAUUUUACAAGCUUGUCGUUGCGCUGUUGGAUGUGUGCUACCAUCUGCCUCUACACCAGCCAUUGCUCACGUUGAAAGAAAGAACACGCAGGCAGGCUUCAAGAUCAGACAUCUAUAAUCAAAGCAACGAGAACAUGAGUGCAGUAACUAGAGAGCACCCAUGAUUCGAGCAGGUAGUGAAUCGAAUAUACUGUAAUUGUAGAAUGAAUAAAGUAUGAUAAAAGUAGUCGAUGAUGCAAACCCGCAUUUCCACGCUUCCGUUGGUGGGGGGCGGAUAGAUGUUCCAACGCCCACUGACCCACACCCGGUGCCGAUCAUCCCCUCCAACCCCACUUAGCUUUCCAUUCGUUUUCUCUUGAUCUAAAGCAUGUCGACGAGUACUCGUACUCAUCGGGAAUUGCUCUUGAGCGUUGACUUGAAGCAUGACGGCUGGGCUAUAUAUUGCAAAGAUUUGAUCGAAUUCAC